CUCACACUCACGAUACCAAAUAGGAAACAUGAUCUACAAGUGCCCCAUGUGUAGGGAAUUCUUCUCUGAGCGAGCUGAUCUCUUUAUGCAUCAGAAAGUCCACAGUGCCGAGAAGCCCCACAAGUGUGACAAGUGUGACAAGGGUUUCUUCCAUAUAUCAGAGCUGCACAUUCACUGGCGAGACCACACUGGCGAGAAGGCCUAUAAAUGCGAUGAUUGUGGGAAAGAUUUUAGCACGACUACCAAACUUAACAGACACAAGAAGAUUCACACAGUGGAGAAGCCCUAUAAAUGUUACGAGUGUGGCAAAGCCUUCAAUUGGAGCUCCCACCUCCAGAUCCACAUGAGAGUUCACACAGGGGAGAAGCCCUAUGUCUGCAGUGAGUGUGGGCGGGGCUUCAGUAACAGCUCCAACCUCUGCAUGCAUCAGAGAGUGCACACGGGGGAGAAGCCUUUCAAAUGUGAGGAGUGCGGCAAGGCCUUCAGGCACACAUCCAGCCUCUGCAUGCACCAGAGGGUGCACACCGGGGAGAAGCCCUAUAAAUGCUAUGAAUGUGGCAAGGCCUUCAGUCAGAGCUCUAGCCUCUGCAUCCACCAGAGGGUGCACACCGGGGAGAAGCCCUACAGAUGCUGUGGCUGCGGCAAGGCCUUCAGUCAGAGCUCCAGCCUUUGCAUCCACCAGAGGGUGCACACCGGGGAGAAGCCCUUUAAAUGUGAUGAGUGCGGCAAGGCCUUCAGUCAAAGCACCAGCCUCUGCAUCCACCAGAGGGUGCACACCAAGGAGAGGAACCAUCUCAAGAUAUCAGUUCUAUAACACAUUUUGCUCAGAGCAAAAGAUCUGAAAACCCGUAAGUGCCACUAGGAAGGAA